AUGUACUAGAGUACUCCUGUUCCUGCUCUGAUCAACCAACACAUUUCACCAUUCUGACAGCUCGCCUCUCACAGCUUGACUCGCAGCAUAGCAAAAUCAUGUGCUUUCUCUGAGUCCAAUGGAAACCAUGGGUGGAUCGUUCCAUACCAGGCACCGCAUAGGGCUGCGAUCCACACCGCUACUUGGUCCCUUCGUCAUCUCAUCCAACAGAUCGUUGGACUUCAUUUUCAUAAGAUCUGUUUCAACAUUUCUGUGAAUCUGGAUUGGGUGGGCCGACGCAUGUACGCAAAGGCAACUGCGAGGUUCAAAUGCAGGAACGCCAUGAGUUUUGGAACAUUUCAGAACCAAUAACCAAUGGACGAAAAGCGGCAAAAGGGCGGCGAUCUUGAGGAUAUAAAAGAUGGACGGGUCGGAGGGCCAAGAUUCAGCCAAUCUACGAUCUUUCUUAUUCUCACAACUUUGAGAAUGGGAAAGAUCAAAUUGUCACAACCGGGUUGCCUGGUUUCUCCUGGACCCAAUAGCAUAACAGCGGUGGAGUAGAAGAGUAGAAGAGCCGGGUCGGAAAUACUCCAAGCCAAAUCCUUCUCUAGAUGGGAUCAGAAGAGUUACUACGCAACCUCCUUGUGGACAAAAAGAGUGGCAGGGACUCUUUUUCAUUCUAUUGGCGUAAGUUUAUAUUUAUUUGUAGUAUGAAGAUAUCCCAAAUGUUUUAGAACAGUUAACAUAAUUGUCCUAGGACUUUUGGUUACACAUUUUUGUUGGUGUGACAGCCACAAUAAUGAGGUAGAUUAAAUUGAUACAAAAGGAUUUACUACCACUUUCUUGUCCGCUGGUAGGCAAUUUCACGAAGUUCAUGACCCCCCCAUAGCUAUCAUAUCACCAGACGGCCAAAGCAAACCACCUUCUACUGUAGAAAAACUGUAUGUUUUUUAUAUUUUUGCAAGAAUGUUCCCUUUGCAAUUCGUCUUUUAUCAAAUUGCCGUCUUGGUCGUCCCUUCCAAAUUGGGAAGCCACGACCACGUCGACCACCACACAAAUCGAAGCUUGGGGUUUUCCAUCUUUGCGAAGAAGAUCCUCUCACCAAUCGAACAUUCUCUUAUGUCAUAUGAAAUGCUCCUUCUCGCCAUCUUUGCUCUGUGAAACAUAACUUCGCUCGUCCAGAGUAUUUCCCUAUUGCCAUGGAACGGCGACUUCAUAGCGGAAGACGUGGCAGCGAAAGUCGGCGCAGAGACAAGGAAAAACGCCAUCACCAUGAAAGCCAUAAUCAUCGUCUUCACCAUCGGGGGGAUGGACGCGAUCGAGUUGAGAAGACGGAGAAGCAUAGAAGUCAUGAAGAGAGACCGCCAAUUGGAACUGCGACAGCACCAGCAUUGAGCGAAAGUAAAGACUACGUCCACAGAUGGCUUGCAGCUACCAAUGCUGAAGUUGCGACCAGGCGGGGUGAUUUGCAACCAGAAGAACCAUCUAAUAUUUCUGGUCGGUCAAUUACUUCAAGGUGGUAUAAUUGUUACUGAUGCUCGGUAGAAUCAAAGCGUGAGUCGAAGCUGGCUAGACAAUUUGCGCACCUCGAAAAUCAUCAGAACCCAGCACAUACCAACCGAGCACAGCCCAAGCCCAAGGAGAAGCACAACGUCUCGUCGGAUAGUUCGCUACUGGAGGCUCAAUACACAACGCCCCGAGUGCAACCGGUGAAAUCGGGAAGAGAGAAAAGACUGACAGAGCAGGAACAGUCGCCUCGACCACACAAGAGGUGUCGGACGGCUUCAACCACUUCAAGUUCUAGAAAAAGCUCCGUAGAUGGAGAGCGCCCCAAAGAAACAUUCGAAAGGAGAGCUCGCCACAAGACUCGAGAGGAUCGCUAUGCGCCAAAGGCCAAGGAUCACAAGGCAGAUAAAAAACAGGAAAAGAAACGAACAACCACCAAACGCGCAAAAAAGAAGAAUAACCCAAACCCUAAGAAGAAUGGCGAGGAACUGAUGCGAGACUUCUCAUCAAAGAACAUUGGCCAUGAUCGUCUGACAGUGAGUCUCUCUAUCAAAUCCAUCUCACCAAACACUAAAAGUGCUAGAUUCGUCCACCAUACAGCUUAGGUUUGUUUGGCAAUGGGCGAACAUCUGAUGCUGCCAAAGACAAGGGUAGUAAGUACUAAAACCCGAACUUUAUAUAGAGCUAGCAAUUCAUGUGUCCCAAAAACAGUACCUGACCUUGCAUUUUCGGAUAUGGACUUUCUGCAAAAAUCUGAGCGCCCUCGUCCAAUUAUCGAAAUGGAACACUUGAAAUCGAAAAGUCGAGAAAAAGAGAAACGGAAGUUGCUAAAGUCACGGGAGGAUAUCGAGGAUCUAUCUGCCUUUUUCAACCAAUAUCGGAAACCUCUACAGGAAGUAAAUAACAAUCGAGGUAGUGGCUUUUCAGAAGAAACAUCACAAACACAACUCGAAUCAAAUCAUCCUCCAAUGAAACAAUCCUUGUAUGCCAGACAAAGAGAUCCCUCACCUAUUCGGGGAUCACAACCUCCAAGUCUGGUAUCUGCAGGGAGACUUACGGAUGCUGCCAGUAAGGUCUCCGGCAAAGCAACAACAUAUGUCAGCUGGUCAGAAACUCAAUUUUCGCCUGUGAAAGUUUUGCCUGCUGGGAUUUAUGAUCGACGCCAAGUCAGUCCCAUACCGGAUGCAGUUCAAAAGUCUAUCGAGGAGACUGGAGUUUAUCGAAAUACCGGAAUACAAAUGCGUCCGUAUCCACAAAAUUCUCCUACUCGUUUAUACACCUCGACGAAGGAAAAACAGUCAGAAAAGAGGCAGAAGGGAACGAGAGAUGGACAAAGGAAGCGCGGUCAUGAUGAUGAUGAUGGAGUCAAUGGUUUUCUUCCAAGAGCUGUUAUCACGUCCGUGUCGUCUAGCCACCAGGCGCAGAGUAGUCCCCGACGCCGUGAAAUUCGUCUUCAUAAGCUCCGUCAUGGUCGAAAGCAUGAAAACAUCAUUGAAGCACAAUCAAGGGGUUUGAAUGCCCAUGAUUCAAGUACUUCAGGAAUCUCAAGUAAUCGUCCAACGACAUCAAAGGAAAGUCGAGAAAACCUGGUUUUGAAACAUUACGACCGGGAAUCAGGCUGGCACCAGAAGGGAGACUUUCCAAAUGAUCACCAAGAGCCUUCAAAUUCCCCAUCAGUUUCUGUGAUACCAGAAACACCCCUCUUAGAUCGAGUGCAAAUUGCAAAAAAGGCAAGAGUCAAACGGCCGUCGACUACCUUACCGGUAGUCUCUAUAGCAGCAUCCGAAAAGAAUACGAAGGGUGAGGCUAUCGCUACUGAGAAACAGGGUGUCCGACCUGCUACUAUUGAGCCAGUUACCACAGGAUCUACUUCGCAGAUGCCACAAAGUACCCCAUUGCCGCUUCAUGAUUCGAUGCAUCCAAAUCAGGGGGAGAAAUCUGGGCAAGCAGACCAGAAUCCCACAGGCGAACAACAUGGUACCUCUGAUCCGCGAAAUCCUGGAGGAUCUCACGCGGAUGUUAACGUUCCAAACCAGGGUCCAACUCCCCAAUCUCUAGCAGAAUCUUUGCACCAAUCAAGAGGUUCCAGUUCUACGAUUAAAAUCAACCAUAAUGCCUCUACACUCCGAAUCAACAAUCCCGUUUUACUAGGGGGCUUGCCAUUACGCGGAGGCCUGGCGCAUCAAUUCGAUCCGGCAUCGAGAAUGUUGGACAUGUCAUCAAUGGGAGCUCUAUUCAUUCGGCAAGCGCAACAUAGUGACACUCGUCCUCAACAAUUCUUCCCCGAAUUCAUUCGACCGCAGAUUGGCAACAAUAUGAAUUCUCUUGAGACAGAAUCACCAGUACCUUCCUUGGUUGAUAAUUAUCAACCUAGCCGCGCUGAAUACCAAAGCAGGGGGCCCAUAGGCAUGGAAAUCCAAGGAAAUGGUGUGUAUCCAGAAGGAGAAUCAUACGAUAGUAUGUAUGAUGGUGCCAAUCAGGGACAAAUGUUUGAAAAUGACUUGGAUUACGCUCAAGAGACAUUUCAAAAUAACCUGCAGUACGACACCAGUCAGCUCCAGGGUGUGGGUAGUGACGUGAAAGACGUGAAUAUGGGUUGGUAUGAAGGCGCUCGAUUCCAACAUCGAGAUGAUGAUGGUGCAUAUUAUGACGAUAGGUUUCUUGGGACAGAAGUGCUCCAAGAGGAAACGUUUCCAGAUGAAAAUGAGCAUGGGAAUUUCAUGACAGAUGAGGGUUUCAUCCAGCGCGAUGAUUAUCAGGAUGAGGCAUCUUACUAUCCUGAGAAUGAAUGGAGGCAUCAGCAGUUGUAUUGAGAGGAUAACUUGGAAGUAAUGGCUCGUUUUGGUUUGAUUUGUCCAAGUUUUUCACGCUAUAUUGCCGAGUUGCUACAGUAAGGUGGAUUAGUUUUCUUCAGCUGCGAGUUUCUACAUGUACCGUACUUGAACCUCUCAUUUCCAUUAAAUGAAUCUCGGGUUGUUGACCAUGAAUGAGCAUGAUGCGCA